AUUAGAUACCUAGCGGGGUAACCAUUUUCACGAACUACGGAAGAACACUUUUCAAUUCGCAGCAAUUGACUCCCGUAUUAAAUAUCCCAUUCGAAAGGGUAGUUUGAUAUACAUCCCUCUAUCAACUGGGUGAAGGUACAACUCCGCAGCAUGUCCCCGUCUCCCGCUCAAAGGGAGUUGAGGGUAACUUUUCUCGGACCACUGGCCUCAUUCUCCCACCAGGCAGCUCUAGACCUCUUCCCCACCUCUCCAGCAAGAACAAUCACUCUGCUCCCCAAACCCAGCUUCGCGGACGCCUUCGCCGCCAUCCAAUCCACGGAGGCAGAUUACGCUGUCAUCCCCUUUGAGAACUCCACAAACGGCUCCGUCGUGCAGACUCUUGACCUCCUGGCUGACCGCGAUAGUCGAUACAGUGACAUCGUCGUCUGCGGAGAGUACUAUCUAACCGUCCACCACUGUCUGCUUAUCCGGAACGAGGACGCUGCUUCAGACAUAUCACAUCCCGAAACCAUCUACCGCUGCAUCUCAAGACUCUACACGCACCCCCAAGCAUGGGGCCAAUGCGAGGCUUUCCUCUCCAAAUACUUCCGCGGCACAGAGAGACAAGACGCUCCCUCAACUUCCAAAGCAGCAAGCAUCGUCGCGAAAAGCGGUAGCAAUACCCUGCCCGGUUACGGUGGUGGGGGUGGUGGUGGUGCUGGUGCUGGUCAAGGCGAAAACGGCAACAACGGCGAAGGCAUCUCAGCCGCAAUCGCCAGCUCCCUCGCAGCCGCGCACCACAACCUAUGCGUCCUAGCCGCCAAUAUCGAGGACCGCGCCGAUAAUACGACGCGCUUCCUCGUCUUGCGGAAUGGCCAUAGUGAGAAGACGAGAGAUGACGAGCAGGAUUUUUAUCCCUCGUCCACCAUAGCGCCCACAAAAGUAAAAUCCCUCAUCUCCUUCAUGAUUGCCCAUGAAACCCCCGGCGCCCUCGUCGACGCCCUCACGAUCUUCCGCCGCCACGGCCUCAACUUAACCAGCAUCGUCUCUCGCCCGGGCCAGAUUAGGCCCUGGCAGUACAUCUUCUUCGUGGAGUGCGAGAGAGUGCGUGGCGUGCAUGAGGAGGACGUUGUUGAGAAGGCAAUGGAGGAGUUGGAGGGGAAGACGAGCUGUUGUAGGGACCUGGGGAGUUGGGGAGAUCGGUUGGGGAGGUGAGAAAAGGAGGGGGAGGAAGGGAAGAAGGGAGGGGUGAGUGAAAUGGAUUCGUGUUUAUAAUAUGAACGAGUGAACGAUUGUUAUGUAUCUCUUUAUGAUAGAUUAGUUCUUUUUCUUAAUGUCUUUUUAUAUGGAAAACAACGUUACAACAAUGU